AUUUGUUUGAUUAAAAUUUUAUUGUGGUUUAAAGUUAAAAUAUUUUAGAUCAUUGGGAAUGCUGCCAAUACUCGAAUCGCCAAUGCAAUUAAAAAACAGAAACUAAUUACGAGAUAUGAUGACUGAUGGCAUUGACAAUUAAAAUAAAUAGACCACCUGGCACAUAAAGUAAAUAAAAAUUAAAAAAUAAUAUAUUCUUUGCCUGGCACCCAGCAUACAGUACUUUUAUAUUGUUAUAUUUUAAUAUUUCGUUAUUAUAGGAAAUAAAGGAAUAUACCUUUUUACAUACCUAGCUACUUAGAGAUUUAUGUUUAUAUUUCCAAUUCAUAUCAGUAAAAAUGGAAGAUGAACUAAACCCGUCAGAAUUAGGAACACAGAGCUACUGGCAGGAGGCUUAUUCCAAGGAGCUGCGUAAUUUUGAGCAGCACGGAGACACUGGUGAAGUGUGGUUUGGUGAAGAUAGUGCUUUAAGAGUAAUAGAAUGUAUUUGUAACUGUGGUAUUGAGAAAAAUGCUCCUAUAAUAGACUUAGGCUGCGGAAAUGGAUACACCUUAUUGGAGUUAGCAAGAGAGGGCUUCAUAAACCUGUUGGGUGUGGAUUACUGCACGGAGGCAAUCGAUUUAGCACAAAAAGUUUGCAAUGCUGAGUUUCCCAGCUUAAGGUUUCAGGUGUUUGAUAUAGUUAAUGAUGACAUUUCAAAGUUGGGCUCGAAAUUCAGCGUAAUUCACGAUAAAGGCACAUAUGAUGCAAUUGGAUUGUGCCCGGACAACGCAAAGAUAAACAGACUUAAAUAUAUGGAUCAAGUUUAUAGUAUGCUAGAGGAUAAUGGUAUAUUCGUCAUUACGUCAUGUAAUUGGACCGAGGAAGAAUUAAAGAAACAGUUUUCGGAGAAAUUUAAGGUGAAACAAGUGAUACCGUCGCCACAGUUCAAAUUUGGCGGGAAAGUUGGCAGUGUUGUGUCAUCUGUGGUCUUUGUAAAACAAUAAAUCGCUCUAUGGUU